UUGUGAUUUUCUUAAUUUUUGUGAAAUAAUGGCUGACGAUUCAGGUACCAACGAGACUGCUCCCGUAGCGCCCAAAAUCUCUUUCGGCAUAAAAACAAACAAAACUUCCGUCUUAAAACCGCAAUUCAAACCUGCUCCCAUCAAAUCCCGCGAAUACAUCAAAAGUAUUAACGAUGGCGACAUUGAAGCCACCGUCAAGAAAGAAAAGGAAGAAGCUCGUGUCAUCCCGCUACCAACUUCGAGUAAAAAUUACCGCCAACGACUCACCACAGCGACUGCCAUCAAAGCCGAAAUAAAAGUCGAAACCGAACUCCCUUCCGACAUUUCGCAUUUAUCCAUCGAAAAACGAGCUGAACUCGAAAUUUUACGGGAUUUACAGAAAAAGGACGACGACGAGAGCUUAAAUCCAAAUUUUGUCAUCCCAAAAGUGGAGGAAGCGGAAAUGACGGGCGCGAAAGAAGCCACAAUGGACGAUUAUGAGAACGUUCCCAUCGUGGGUUUUGGUCUUGCGAUGCUUCGUGGCAUGGGACUCAAAGAAGAAGACGAGAAAAAACCGAAUGACGACCAAAAAUUGGGAUUAAGUGACGAGUUCAAGUUCCGUCCGAAGGGCAUGGGACUCGGAGCAGAUCAAACUGUCAAACCGAAAGAAUUGAAAAUUAAACCCAAAGCCGGUCAAAUUUUGCAGAUGAAAAAGGGAGCUUUUGUGGUGAUUCUCGGAGGCAAUUAUAAGGAUUUCUACGGAGAGGUGCGUGGCUUCGAUGAAAACAACGGUAGAGUAAUUGUCAAACUCGCUCUUGGCCAAAAACCGAUCAUGCUGGGAGAAAAAUUCGUGCAACUCGUAACGCCUGAAGAGUAUCAAAAAUACAGCAAAAUUCCCGUAGAGACAGAACACGAAAAAAAGCACAACGGCAAAUACGGACUAAUUGCUUCGUCGAAAAAUGACACAAAAAAGGAAGAAGAAAAGGAACGUCGGCGAUCGCGAACGCCUGAGGAACGGUACAAAUCAUCAUCUCGGCACGAAAAAUCCGAAAAAUAUUCGAAAGAAUCAUCAUCGAGGCAUGAAAAGUACAAAUCCGAUAAAUAUUCGGACUCUAGAGACUCGUCAAGAUAUGAGAAAAGUAGCAAAAACGGGUCAAGUCGACAUCGAUAUUCGUCGGAGAGUGAAAGUGAUUCGGACGACAGACACCGAAAAUCAUCAAAAAGUAAGAAAAAAUCGUCGCACAAACAUAAAAGUCACGAUCGGAACCGCGAAAGAUAUUAUUCAUCGGAUGAAGAUCGCAGAGAUCGAAGAAAAUCGAAAAAGGAAAAACGCGGAAGAUCUCGUUCGAGGUCAAGAUAAUUUUUUUUUAUUUAAAUUUAGUUAGAAAAAAGUUUUACAAAUAUAUUUUUUUUAAAAAGAA